CCAGCCCGUCGUCUUUUCUAGAUCAAUUUCUGUGUCAGUGAAAGAAAUUUCCAACACGAAAACUGUAUUUACGACUGAGUUCUUCUUUAGACUUGAGAUAGAAUUCUUGCAGCUUGCAAAGUAUUGUAGAUGGUAGCGAGCGGUGGUUGCUGAGUGUCCACGCUACGUUUGGUGCCAUUCAUGGUGUAGCCAUGGCAAUGAAGACUCUUCCCAAGGCAGAGCACCUGCUCCGCCUUGUACUGAGGAACGAUCAUCAGGAGCUGAGGAAGGCAAUCCUUCAAGAGGACGGUACCUUGAAGGAAGGUGUAGAAAACCUGACAUAUACCAACGAAAGGGGAGAGAAGGAGCCAUUACUGGGUCGGCUGCUAUUCGCGGCCUGCGAUCUUGGCCGCCUGGAGUGUGCCUGCUUCCUUGCAGACUGUUGCGGAGAAACAGUCAUCAACCAUCGCUAUGGGGGUGGAUGGAGUUACACUCCACUACAUAUAGCAUGUAUGAUGAGUUACAUCGAUAUUGCCAAGCACCUUGUCAAGUGUAAAGCCAAGGUGGACAAAACUGAUUCGGCUGGUCGACUUCCUGUUCAUCACGCUGCUGCGACUGGACAUCUGCAAGUCGUCAAGUAUCUACUAGAUGUCCAGCCCGACAUGGUCUCCGUAGAGAACAGAUACGGUUCCCUUCCUGUUCAUUACGCUGUUUGGAACGGACAUCUGGACGUGGUCAAGUAUCUAGUAGAUCUCCAACCCUACACAGUUUCUGUGAAGAACAAAGUUGGGAGAACUCCUCUUGGUGAUGCAGCGUACACAGGGGAAGCAGGUUGUGUACCCUACUUGCUGGAAGUCACCUGGAUCAAGCUAGCAUAUGAUGAGGCAAAGGAGAUUGUGGAGGAAGCCAGAAGGAUAGCUCAAACCCGCGGAAGAACGCAAGCAUUCGACUUGAUUAAGACCAGCUUGAUACGUGAAGAGUUUGGUGUUGAGGGUUACACUGAUCCUACUGAACUGAUUGCCAACGUGUGUGGAGCAGAAGGUUCAGGAAAAUCUACCUUCAUUUCAUCCUUCACAGCAGAAGGUUUCUUCAAUAAACGGCUACGCAAGGAGAAUCAACCGGACAUGAAGGCAAAAGAUUUAGCAUCCCGAACAAAGGGAAUUGAAGAAACCAUUUACAACCAAUCGCAGGUGAAGGUGCAUUUUCGCGACUUUGCUGGCCAAGAACAUUAUACCGAGUCACAUGACAUAUUCACGGUUGCCAUGACAGCACCAUCUGUUGCCGCAAUAGUGGUGGACGGCACAGAGUGUGUUGAUGAGAUCACACAGACUGUCGGUGCAACUGCCGCCAAUAUAGUUUGUCGCCUGUCUGCACCUGAUCAUGGUUCUCUACCGACUGUGCAACAAGAACAAGAACAGCAGCAGCAGCACCACCACCACCAGGAAGAUCUGCAACAGGCGGAGAAACUUGAUGUCAUCGCAAUUGCCACACGAGCUGACCAGCUAACACCAGAAAAGCGCAUUGAAGUGGAGAAGGCCAUAAGGAGGGGAAUGAAAUCAUUCUCUCAGCGCUUGGAUCUCUCCAUUGUGAGAGUAGUGGACGCUAGAAAGUCCAACAGUUCCAGCAUGAAUGAUCUAAGAAGUGAAUUCAUGCACUUGAUCAAUCGAGUGUUGGCGAAGUCACCAAGGCAACCGCGUUUGCUUCAGAAGGCUCGGAAGCAUUUGGAUGAGGUUCAGGCAUCGAUGCCCAAUCCAUACUGUUCAAGAGCCGAGUUUGUUGCGGCAUUCAAGAAGGCAAUCCAAGGAACCAACACUGCACCGCGAGAACGAUUCGCUGACAGGAUAGACAGAUAUCUACGCGUCCUGACUGCUUACGGAUAUGUCAUCACAUUCCCAGAGCUGAAUGAUCUGGUGGUUCAUCAGCCUCGCUGGCUCCUGCAGGACGUGAUCGGGUUUAUGUACUCGUCCAACGUCUUCCCCCACCGCUCUGAUGGCAUUGCCAGGGAAUACAAGAUGAGUGAAGAGGAGUUCGUCCGUUCACUGACUUCAUUCGCCAAAGUUGGAGAAAAAGCUCCGCUCUGCGUGCGUAUGGUUCUACAGCUCGGCUUGUCCAUCCACUAUCAGAAGGAUAUCCUUGCUCUCUCCCUGUUUCCCGAGUGCACACAGCCAUUGAAGGUGCACACAGCCUUCAUGACCUCACAAGUGAUGGUAGGUUCUGUGUAUACCUGCAAUGGCUGUGUGCCAUUCUCAUCUGGUCUCAUUGUUCAAUGCCAAGCACGUGUAUACGACUACUCCGCCUGCUUUUUCUCCAGUACUGAUCCCAUGUUCUUCAAGAACACCAUCAUUGUCCACCCGCAUCCGCACACAACAGCGCUGAUUGUGUUUUCGUCCGACCGUCAGCGCUGUUGUAUUGCAGUGACGUCCAGUCGCGGUACGAACCUGCAAGUGGUUCACCACGUCCACUGGUUAUUUCAAGCUCUCUUCCUUGACCUACUGAAGAGAUACAGUCGUGGUACUUCGGUAGAGCGCACUGUCCUCAGCCUGAGCAGCAUGCGUCAGCUUAUCAAGCAAUCCGCUUCACCAGCUGCUAUCUGUGCAGUGGUUGCUUCCUACCCGUCCGAAGCCGUCAUUCUUGCCGCAAGCAGUGUGCAAAGCAAAGAUGUCAAGGACGCCAGCGGUGUGUUCGUUGACUCGGUGCAGGAUCUUCAUCACGUUCCUGCCACGCAUGUCAGUAUGCUUCCUGCCACAUGUACUGAUCGCCUGGAGAGUCUGCGAGAUUCCGCAUUCCUUAGCGAUCUCCAAUCAAGCCUAGAUGUGAGUGAGAGGGAAAUCAGCCGACUUGGUGGCCCCCAAUCAUUGUCGCCCGCUGGACCCAGUCGGCUGAAUGCCUCGCUGGUGUUGUUGGCAUGGUGCCGACAAUCUCAUCGUCACACAUCUACUGUGCUAUACAGCAGGUUAGCUCAGCACUGCUUUUCUUCGCCAUUCUCCGUUUUCUACCGAGAGAUCUGCGGGAUGCUGGUGGAGAAUGAGAACAUGCUGAUGGAAGCAUUCCCGGACAUCAUCACCUAUGAACAGCGGCAGUUGAAGGAGCAAGAACGUCUUCGUUGCCAGGCCGACAAUGUUCCAUUGGCGGAUGAUUGGUUCUCGACUGCACCCAAGACGUCAUUCCUGGGCCAGAAUCCCUGCGUGGGAAUGCUACGAUCUCACCUCCAUGCAAUGCGUGUUACGGAUAAGCUGAUCGUGGACUCUGAUCACUACACUCUGGUCCAGGAAGCUGAGGUAGCAGCAGAGUUGCUCACAUCAACAGUAGCACCAGCAGCAGUAGCACCGGCACCAGCAGCAGCAGCAGCAGCAGCAACAGCAGCAGCACCAGCAGCAGCAACAGCAGCAGCACCGGCAGCAGCAACAGCAGCAGCACCAGCAGCAGCACCAGCAGCAGCAGCACCACCAGCACCAGCAGCAGCAGUACCAGCACCAGCAGCAACAGCAGCAGCAGCAACAGCAGCACCACCACCAGCAGCACCAGCAGCAGCGCCAGCAGCAGCAGCACGGGCACCAGCACAAGCAGCAACAGCAGCAGCACCACCAGCAGCAGCAGCAGCACCACCAGCAGCAGCAGCAUCACUGACUGUAGCAGAGAGUGAAGCUGAUCCAUUUGAGGAUGACUCAUUCACCGCACAUAUACUACCAAAGCUGUAUAAGAUAUCUUGUGAUGUACUGCGGCAAAGCGUUCAGGCACAAGGACUCCUGAGUGGUUUUAAUACCCUUCGGGAACUAAAGCGUGCUGAACAAUAUGAAGGUGUAGAGAGUCAUCACUUGAAGUUGAUUGGAUACAUCCGUGCUGGAGAGCGAGAUGCAUACAGAAAGCUGUGUGCAGCAGUGGGAAACCUCAACUUGCAAGAUCUGCACAACACCAUGCUAAGGCUACUGUAGUAGGAACUCUAGUCAUGAUGUGAUUGUGCAAGACUGCUUUCUCCCAGCACUCCAUGUACAUCACUGUUCAGAUUGUGCAAGACUGCUCUCUCCCAGCACUCCAUGUACAUCACUGUUCAGAUUGUGCAAGACUGCUUUCUCCCAGCACUCCAUGUACAUCACUGUUCAGAUUGUGCAAGACUGCUCUCUCCCAGCACUCCAUGUACAUCACUGUUCAGAUUGUGCAAGACUGCUUUCUCCCAGCACUCCAUGUACAUCACUGUUCAGAUUGUGCAAGACUGCUUUCUCCCAGUACUCCAUGUACAUCACUGUUCAGAUUGUGCAAGACUGCUCUCUCCCAGCACUCCAUGUACAUCACUGUUCAGAUUGUGCAAGACUGCUCUCUCCCAGCACUCCAUGUACAUCACUGUUCAGAUUGUGCAAGACUGCUCUCUCCCAGCACUCCAUGUACAUCACAACAGUCAUACUCACACAGCGGACAGAACUCGUUGCCCGUAUCCCGGUAUGCUUGUUUGUGUCCUUCUUCCCCUGCCACUGCUCUGCCCUAUGCAAAGUGUUCUUUUUCCUCAUCUACACAUGUAUCAUAUUGUAUUCUUGAGUUGCUUGCUCACCAGUUGUGGAUAUGCUCCAUGUGUAUUCUUUUGAAGGUGACCGUCCUUGAGAAUAUUUUCUCAAACAGCAGCUCCACCACCUCUGCGCCCACCCCCCCCCCCCCCUCCCCAUCUUCCCUCCUCUCUCCCAAUCCCACACGCGCACACGCGAGCAUGUGCGCGCAUACAUAAUUUGUUCUAUUGUUUGCUGUCCUUGCCAAGACUGCUGGUAUGUUUCCAUCGACUAUGUUUUUUUGCUAAUACAUGUACAUGUGUGUGUGUGUACGCAGAUUGUGUACAUUGUAUACAUAAAUGUUUACAUAAAUGCAUGUACAUGUAUACAUACAUGUUCCUACUAUCUAAAAUUCAAUUUGGUUUGCUCUAGAGUAUCUUUCUUUUGUUCUUAUUUCUUUCCAGCUACAUCUCUACAUAAAUGUCCCUAGUCUUUAAAAUUCAUUUUGGCUUGCUCUAAGGCACCUCUCUAUUUGCUGUGACAAUUGCACAGUAUUCUUUUCAUUUUUCACUUGACUUUGUUCACAUCUUUGCAUGUGCGCACAUACAUAAUUUGUUCUAUUGUUUGCUGUGCUAGCCAAGACUGCUGGUAUGUUUCCAUCGACUGUGUUUUUUGAAUAUUUUCUCAAACAGCAACUCCCCCACCUCUGUCCCCACCCUCCUCUCUUCCAAUCCCACACGCGAGCACGUGCGCGCAUACAUAUCUUGUUAUAUUGUUUGCUGUGCUUGCCAAGACUGCUGGUAUGUUUGCUAAUAAAUGUACAUGCCUGUACAUGUAUACAUAAAUGUUCCUACUCGUGAAAAUUCAAUUUGGCUUACUCUAGAGCACCUUUCUUUUGUUCUUAUUUUUUGCUGCUACAUCUCUACAUAAAUGUCCCUAGUCUUUAAAAAUCAUUAUGGCUUGCCCUAAUGCACCUGUCUAUUUGCUGUGACAAUUGCACAGUAUUCUUUUCAUUUUUCACUUGACUUUGUUCACAUUUUUGCUUCGGCUGAGACUUCUGUGGACCCUGUAUUGAACUUGGCAGCUGAACUUCAUCUCCUUUCCUUGUUUUUUUUAAAUGCCUGAACAGAUCAUGACUUUUGUCACUUCUCCACUUUGCGUGCUUAUUUCAGAAAUUAAUGUGAUGGAAAUCACAUACAUGUAA